CCAUGAUGAUCAUGACGGCUGUGAGGAGGCUCCUCUGCGCCCCAAACACGGGGAUGGAGUUUGUCUGCAGCGCGUUUCUGCAGCUCAGACUGGAUUCUCAUAAAGAUGCUCAUCGAGACUGAAUUAACUCCAUACAUGUCCGACAAAUAAAAACACCAGACAGGGGGGGUAAAAAGAAAAUAAACGAUUUCCAUCCCAACUCCCCCUUUGCUUUGGGAAUCUUGAUACCAUUCUGGUAACAAGUUAAUCCCCCCUCCUUUUCCUCGCCGCGCCUCUUUUGUUUGCAGAUGUAGUCUGUAGUCUGGUCAGACGCUGCACCUGCAGUCAGAGCCUCGUCACACAGGCGUAAAGGCGAACACAGAAAGAUCUGCUGAUUCCAGCACCUUCGGUUACUAAGGGAAGCACCCGCACCCUUGAUCGUCUCCCUCCUCCUUUUUUUUUCUCUCCCCAAUUUCCAUCCCACGACAGCCUACCCGGAGGAGAGGAGUCGAUGGGGGGGGAGCGAGGACACACCCGCACAUACUGUACGCGGUGCGCGCGGCAAGGAUGCUGCAGACAACCUAAGAGGAACAUAAUCGACUGGCCCAAAUUGGAUAUCCAUUUUUCUGGCAUACCUGAGGCUGAAGUGUUCAUCAUUCAUCAUCCUCCACAUUCCUGAAACCAGAGGAAAAACACGUCUGGCCUGGAGAUGUGAAAGAUGUCUGCAGCCAAACCAUAAGUGACAACCUGCGGGCGUCAGGUCUUUACGAUCUUCAGCACCCUUUCUCUCCUGAUUCCUGCCUGCAGUUUUUCACGCUGCAGGACCCAGUCUCACUAAAAAGUGCAGGCCUCGUCCCCCUGCAGAAUGACUGUCGCAACAGGCGACCCCUCUGACGAGGCGGCCGUGCACCCAGGGCACCCACAGGACUACGACCCGGAGGCUGACCAUGAAUGUUGUGAGCGGGUGGUGAUCAACAUUUCAGGCCUGCGCUUUGAGACGCAACUCAAAACUCUCUCUCAGUUCCCUGAGACUCUGCUGGGGGACCCCAAAAAGAGGAUGCGCUACUUUGACCCACUGAGGAACGAGUACUUUUUCGACAGGAAUAGACCCAGCUUUGAUGCCAUAUUGUAUUAUUACCAAUCAGGAGGCCGGCUGAGAAGGCCAGUCAACGUCACUCUUGAUAUCUUCUCAGAAGAGAUUCGCUUUUAUGAAUUGGGCGAAGAAGCCAUCGAGAUGUUCAGGGAGGAUGAAGGUUUCAUCAAGGAGGAAGAGCGGCCUCUCCCUGACAAUGAGUUUCAGAGACAGGUUUGGCUACUGUUUGAGUACCCAGAGAGCUCAGGUCCUGCUAGGAUUAUUGCCAUCAUCUCUGUUAUGGUCAUUCUCAUCUCUAUUGUAAGUUUCUGCUUGGAGACGCUCCCCAUUUUCCGCAACGAUGAAGACGACAUGCACAAGUCCCAUGCUAAAGUCUUUUCACCGGAGACCAACACAACUAUCAUCAGCUACACCUCCACCUACUUCACUGAUCCCUUCUUCAUCCUGGAGACUCUUUGCAUUAUAUGGUUCUCAUUUGAGUUUUUGGUGCGCUUCUUUGCCUGUCCAAGCAAAGCAGGCUUUUUUGGUAAUAUAAUGAACAUUAUUGAUAUUGUCGCCAUUAUUCCUUACUUCAUCACUCUUGGCACAGAGCUGGCAGACAGGCCAGAGGAUGGUCAGCCAGGCCAACAAGCCAUGUCUUUAGCCAUACUCAGGGUAAUUCGGUUGGUUCGAGUCUUCAGAAUCUUCAAGCUCUCUCGUCACUCCAAAGGGCUUCAGAUUUUGGGUCAGACCCUAAAAGCCAGCAUGAGAGAGCUUGGUCUCCUCAUCUUUUUCCUUUUCAUAGGGGUCAUCCUUUUCUCUAGUGCUGUGUACUUUGCUGAAGCAGAUGAGCCUGAAUCACAGUUUGAGAGCAUCCCAGAUGCAUUUUGGUGGGCAGUUGUGUCCAUGACAACAGUCGGCUAUGGUGACAUGGUACCAACUACAAUCGGUGGCAAGAUUGUGGGCUCUCUGUGUGCCAUUGCAGGUGUGCUGACCAUUGCCCUGCCAGUGCCUGUCAUUGUGUCCAACUUUAACUACUUCUAUCACCGCGAGACUGAAGGUGAGGAGCAAGCACAGUUUCUGCAGGUCAAUGUGCCCAAAACUGACUCAGCUGAGGACUUAAAGAAAAGCCGGAGCGGCUCCACCAUCAGCAAAUCGGACUACAUGGAGAUUCAGGAGGCUGUCAACAACAGCAAUGAGGACUUUCAGGAAGAGAACCUUAAAACAGCUAACUGCACUCUGGCUAAUACAAACUAUGUAAACAUCACAAAGAUGCUGACAGACGUGUAGCUGUCUGUCUUUUUCUCUCAGCCAGAGCACGAAAGGAUGGGUCAAAGGAAUAUUUUCCCAUCUCAUUUGUUCUGGUAAAAUCAAGGCAAUAUAAACCAGAAUGUUGAUGAUUACAGACUGAUAAAUACUGCAAAUGCCAUUUUGUCACUUUGCGCUCAUCCCGUCUUUUGCAAUAGAAACUAAAAAAAAAACUAAAACUAUGUAAAGUUAGAAUUUUAGCAAUUCUGCAUGGAGCUGACUUUGUCUGUGUGGUGGCUUAAAAAAACAUAUCAUUAACUAGAUUAAAAAGCCAGAAAUAAAGGGGGGUGGGGAGAAAAGAGAACACACUAGAAGAAAAAAUGCUUUUAAAAAGGUAAAACAACACAAGCUGCUCUUUGGACUACCUGUACCUCAUUUCCCAAGGCACAUUAGCUUUGCUAUAUGCUUUUCAAAAAGCAUAUCAUGCACCACAUAUGCUUCUCCCAGGACCAGAUGAAACUGUCUUAUGCUACACAAAUUAGAGAUAAGAGGAUGAGCGGGCAUAAAGCAAGUCCCCAGCAGCGCUGAUGCGGCUUGUGAGUAACUUGUGACAAGGAUGGUGCCUAAGUUCGCCCAUUUACUUAAAGGAUGAAUGACAGCUAUCAGCGCUCAGCUGAUGGUUUGACAUCUUUCUAACCCUGUAGACAUCAGUAUCUGAUGAAUGACUGAGAAUGGCCUUGAAUUUUCACUGCUUUGGUCUUAUAUGCACCGUAUGAACUGCAAUGCAAGUUUCCCCCACCUCCAUUCACCCAGACUGGUCUUACUGCAGAUCUUUAAGACAGCUUGAAUGUUUCUUCUUCUUUAGUUUUUCACUGAAUCACUUUCACAGUGCUUCUCCAUUUAGCCAGGUAGUUAAACCGUGACUUAACUGAUAGCUGCCAGGUAGGUGCUUUUAGUGCUUUUAGUAGUAAACACAAUAGAUUACUGCAUGAACUUGUAAUCUGAAUGAGAAGUUCCACUUGUUUCUCAACUGCCACUUGCUUCACCUGUCCACUGUAAAUGUAUCUGUACACUGCCUUCUGUACAAAUCCACACUUUUAAAAGGAUGCCUGCAGGUAGCUGUUACAAGAAACUAAGGCUGUAUGUGUAAGGAUUUUCUUAAGAAGUAAUCUGCUUCAGAACCAGAUCUUUUAAUUAAACAGACGUGUGUCAAUUUGAACAUUCCAUGUAGAAGUUGUUGCCACUUCACUUCUGCCAGGUUUCUGCAAACUGACCUAUGACUUGGAGCUUAAACCUACACUCUAGUACCCAAUAACAAUCCCAACUUGUAAUGUGAUGAACCUGCAGUGGUCUCUUUUUAAAAGGUCUUUUGCAUUCUGUCCUCAUAACAAAAGCAACUUUUAAAGAGUCAUGUAUAGAAGUGCUUCCCCUCAACUGCCUUUUUUUCUGGGUUUACGCUAUCCUAGUGUUGCAUGUCCUCAAAACAUUCCUAGCAUGUGUUAAACUGAAAGAAGAAGCCUAUAAGAAAAAAAAACUAAAAUAACUUAGAUUCAUUUAUUUCUUAUAAAUAAAUCUAUAUAUGUAUGCAAUUAAGCACAUAGACAGUACAUAUAUGGUUCUGUAAAAGAGGGGAAAAAAAGUCUUCUAGAAAUUAAGAGAAAGCAAGAGUCUUUCCACCAUGCGCAGAUCAUUGCCAUUUUUUUUAUCUCUGCUAAUAGCUAUAAGUGUUCUGAGCACCACUGUUUUUUAUGUCAGAGCCAGUUCAGAGUGCCAAAAACACACUCUCCCUAGCAAUUCCAAAAAACCUUCUCUUUUGGUGAGUUUUGAGAAAAUCUGCCACAAGUCCCGUUUUUAUUAUAGAUGUUUCCUUCACCUGGUUUAAAGCAACCCUCGAUAAAGCAGGGAGGACAUAAUAGCUGUUCUCACUUUAUGGAAACUGUUAUCUGAAAGCUUCUAUUGCUAUUGGAUUGCUUAGAAUAUAAAUGGGGCUCCUGAGAAGUCUCUGAUGCCAGACGCUUAAUUUGUUUUAAAAGUUGGCAUCAGACUCAUCAAUUCUAGGACCACAUCCAACUUCGAGCUCUCCAUCAUUUGCUCAACACUGCCAAGGUAAUGGUCAAAGGCAGUAACAUCAAUACAGAUAGUGCUAAGUGCUAAUUAGCAACAGUGUAGCAGACGUUAUUUAACCUCUGAGGUGUCUGGCUUCUCUCCUGUGUCUUGCUUGUCAGCAUCUUCUUCUGGACACAUCGGAUUGUAGAAAGUGAUAGAUAGAUAGAUAUAGGGAAAGGGUCUGUUGCAGAUGUUUCAACAACAUCAGGAUACAUGGUCCACUGCUGGAACGUGUUGCCGUUUUGUGUUGAAAGAAUUUACAGGUUCCAGAUUUUAAAGAAGCUGCUGAUAUUCCAAGUGUAGUUGGAUUAGGAUCUUCAAUGGUUGCUAAUUUAAAUAAAAUGCAAAUAAGAGGAUGUUUUUUUUUUUUCAAUUCUUUAUUCUUUUGUGUGAAGAAAAGGUGUGUUACCUUUCUGACAGAAUUGUGUUUUCAGAGUUCUCCAACUGAAUUUUUUUUGUUGGUAAGGGACUGAAUAUGCUGUAUGCCUGUGAGACUGAGAAAAGGAACCACUGAAUGUCAGGACUAAAACCUGGUUGUGUAAGCACAUGUACGCAACAGCUGUUUGUUUUUUGUGUAUGUGUGUGUGCGUGCGUGCGUGUGUGAGUUGGGCUAUAGUGGAAGAAUAAGAGGAUCUCACAGUCUGACCAAAAAUAUUUGUCUAUGCAUGCAUUUGUUACUCUUUGUUUAUUUUCUGUGAACAGAAAUCAGCGAUAAAUGUUAACGCCUCAACAUUGAUCUGCUUGUUUGACAUUGCUGAUGGUUCUGAACUAAACUGACUGUAGCAAAACUGGACAUCACAUUGUUAUGGUUGAAAGUCAGCAAAGUUGUACGCGCAAAGCACAAAUGUGAUCACAAUCAUUCCCAUUUGUUUUUCCUGUGGAUCUACAUCCCAUAUAAUUCUUAUUGUCAUUGCAAGUUCAUAUAGUUGGGCUGUCAGAAUAUGCAAAACAUUAAUUAUUGUGAUUUAAAAAUUAGUUUAAAAAUAUCUAGAUUUUGGAUUGUUAUUUUUAAAUCAAUCACAGGCUAAAAAAUUCAGACAAAAUGCUAAAAAAUGUAUUUUUAGAUAAUCCGUUAUGAUACUAUGUUUUUUAAUAAUAAUAAUAAAACGGUGGUCAGAGCAUAUGUGCUGCUUUAGCGACAGUUGCUCUAAGGUAGACAGGUGUGAAUAAGGAAGGUUAGAUGCAGGUGAAUAACUGGAUGUGGCGACCUCCAAAGGGAGCAGCUGAAAGACACAGAAAAAGAAAGAAGGAGAAAACAUAUAUUCUCAUGAAUGUGUUUUGAAAAUUAAUCCUGAUGAUUCAGUUAUGUUUUGAUAAAACCUGAUAUUCUGGCAGCCCUUCUAGUGUUCUUUGUUUGUUUAAAUAAUGUUUUAAAAUUAACAACAUUUCUCAAAGGCUGAACCCACCAGCACUCCAUGUGAAGGUUGCCCAGUGGAUUCACUGAGAUAUCUAUGCAGAGAAUGAUUAUAUAGAGGCAGUUAGGGGGACUAAAAAAGAUUUAGGUUCAUGUACUUUUAAGAUUCUCUCCAGCAUAAAUUCCAUGGUAAUUUACAAAGCUUACAUAGUAUCUAAAAAAGACUCCUUAGGCAAAAGUAAAAGAAACGUCCAGACACCUAUUGCUGCUUUGUUCUUAAAAUGUACACACUGAUACACGCAAUUAAGGCUUGUUUGAAAUGCGAUGUCAGCUCUUUGUUAUGAUGUUUCUAUAAAUAACUCAUCCAUACAGGAGACAACAUGAUCAAUAUGCAAACUGUAUGCCUGUGUGUAUUUGAGAGGCAGUGUUCUUUCUUUUUUGCUUGAUCUUGGAGCCUGAUGGUGUCAUCCACUGAAAUAUAGUUGUUCACUUCAUUCCUGUACUCCUGCAUCAUACUGAACAUCCAUCAAUGCUGACAGUGGAUUAUGGAUUUUCUUUCUAUGAAAUGAAAUGUGGAAAAAUAAUGUAAAUAAUAACUACUACAUCAUGGAAAAAAACAAGAAAAAGAAAAAAAACAUACUAUUUAAUGAUGUGAAGUCUGGAUUUAAAAUAUAGUAUUAUCUGCACUUUACGACAAAAGGGACAAUCUAUGGACGAGUAAAACAAUACAUUUUAAGAAAUAUAUGUAAUCUUUCCAUGUGAAUAUAAAUAAUGAAAUCAAAAAUAAUAUAACUGAAACUGUG